AUGGGGGACUGGAAUUUACUGGGCGGCAUCCUAGAGGAAGUUCACUCCCACUCAACCAUAGUGGGGAAAAUCUGGCUGACCAUUCUCUUCAUUUUCCGAAUGCUGGUACUCGGCGUGGCUGCUGAAGAUGUCUGGGAUGAUGAACAGUCAGCAUUUGCCUGCAACACCCAGCAGCCAGGUUGCAACAAUAUCUGUUAUGAUGAUGCUUUCCCCAUCUCUUUGAUCAGGUUCUGGGUUUUACAGAUCAUCUUUGUGUCUUCUCCUUCUCUGGUGUAUAUGGGCCAUGCACUUUAUAGACUCAGGGCCUUUGAAAAGGAGAGGCAGAGGAAAAAGUCACACCUUAAAGUCCAGAUGGAGAAUCCAGAGCUUGAAAUGGAGGAACAACAGAGGAUAGACAGAGAGCUGAAGAGAUUAGAGGAGCAGAAGAGAAUCCAUAAAGUCCCUCUGAAAGGAUGUCUGCUACGUACUUAUGUCUUACACAUCUUGAUGAGAUCUGUGCUGGAAAUAGGGUUCAUGAUAGGACAGUAUGUUCUCUAUGGGUUUCAAAUGCAUCCUCUUUACAAAUGCACUCAACCUCCUUGCCCUAAUGCAGUGGAUUGCUUUGUAUCCAGGCCCACAGAGAAGACAAUUUUCAUGCUCUUUAUGCACAGCAUUGCAGCCAUCUCUUUGUUCCUUAAUGUACUGGAAAUAUUUCAUCUGGGAAUCAGGAAAAUCAUGAGGGCACUUUAUGAGAAAUCCAGCAGUGAGGACAUUGAGGAUGAAAGUGGCACACCAUUCCAUUUAAAAAAAUAUUCAAUGGCCCAGCCUUGUAUGAUUUGCUCUCCCUUGCCUAAAAGAAUCUCUUUACUUCAAGCCAACAAUCAACAGCAAGUCUUUCAAGUCAAUGUGCUGAAGUCUAAAACCACAUGUCAAAGCCUACAGCGCAGGCAGUUCGAAGUAGACCCUUGCUGUAUUAAAAAAGAGUGGGCUGAGAAGGAUCAGCACAGUGGACAGCUCCAUGUCCACAGCCCAUGGCCCUGGGAUGACAGUACUCAAAUUCAGCACCUGGGACAGCAACCAGACCAUUCCUUUGGCUUAGAAAAUGCAAAGUCCCAGUCCUGGCUGGGUACAGAGAUGGCUCCUAGACACUGCCCAUCCUAUGCAACAGGAACCUGGGAGCAGCCCCAGGAUCUACGACCCUCAGGAGGGCCUCUCACAGAUUUUCACAGUUACUGUAGAGACAGUGAUGGCAGUGUGAGAGAGAGUGGGGUCUGGACAGACAGAUCUCACCUGGACAGUCGCAAGGCCAGCUUUCUGUCCAGGUUGCUGUCUGAAAAGGGGCAGUUGCACAGUGACUCAAAAAGCUCCAGUACUUGGAACAGCUCUUGCUUGGAUCUUCUGCACCGGGAAAAUAGUACCUCACUUCUGCCUUCAGCCACUGGGUAUAGAACAUCAAUGAACAUGCUUCUAGAACUUUCAUCUAUUAUGAAAAAAUAACUCAUGCCUGGGGCCAGAAAAAUGGACCAAGGAGCAACCAGCACCUGCAGGAGAAAAGUUGCACCUUUGUUAGC